AUGUCGGAAUUGGUAGCUGAGCCAGCUGGACAAUCUGAACAAUUGGAUAAACAGUUAGAUACAUUUUCUGCUGAAUCGGACGACGACUUUGGUGAUUUUGAAGAAGUUGAUCAAGGCGACUCAGGCGUCUAUUCAAAUGAUUUGAGCGCUAACAAAGAAGGGCGUAUAAGAUCAUACAGUGGCAAUUUUGCAACAAUAGCAGCUGAUAUCUCACAGAAUUUGGAUAAAAUCUUUAAUGAAAGUAAGGGGAAUUCAGAAAAUGAAUACAAAGACAUUUUUCUUUUUGAUGAAAGAGCAGAUCAGAUAUUCAAUCGAUUAAUUAGCGAAGAAGAUGACCAUCUCUCUCCAUUCAUAUGGAAACAGAGUAUGAUAUACAAACAGGUAUUGUUGAAUUUAGAAAUAGAGCCACGUGCACACGUUACUUACGCAAAACGUCAGUUACCAUCUGCAAAUGGUAGUCGCAAAGAAUUUAAAAAUCUAUAUGACUUUCUCAAGAGCUCAUCAACUAACGCCGAACUUGACAAACUUCUACUACAAGUUCCUGACUUCAGCCAAUUAGGAAUUGAUAAAGAUGGUGAAGAAUACAACCAGAUAAUUAACAAUACCACAUCAACAAUAUCUGAGGCGAAGAAGUUGCUGAGAUCGGGAAGUGUAUCUGAGCUAAUAAAUUUAAAGGAGAGGCUAUUGAAACUUGUUUCUGUAUGGGACGUCAAGUCUCAUGAUAUCAAUGAAGACAAUGAGUUGUUUUCUUCUUAUGUUGAAAAUUUAAUAGGUAAUACCUUGAAGAAAAGGCGUGAAAAGAGACAAGCCAAAGCAUCGAAAUCUAAAAAAAGAUUGAAGUAG